AUGGCAGGAAUCAUGUUGGCGGCGGCUGCAAUAUUUGAUGUUGAUGAUGAGGUUCAAGAAAGAAGACGGUCGACACGUGCUGUUUAUACAUUUAUUCGUCAAGUUAACAACCCCUUGUUCAUGGGAGAUGAAUUAUUUAGACGUUACUACCGUAUGACUCCCAGGGUCGCCGAUCUGUUAGUAAAUUUAUUAGCUCCAUACUUGAACUACCAUGGUCAAUCAAUUGAACCUCAUCAUCAAGUUCUUGCGGUUGUUCGUUUUCUAGCUGAGGGAGGAUAUCAAAAAGGAGUUUCCGCUGAUGUGCAUCACCCGAUGAGCCAGAGUACUUUUAGUAUAAUUCUACAUUCUGUAAUACCAGCAAUAAUUAUGCUCAGCGAUCAAUUCAUAGUGUUCCCACGAAAUCCUGUGGAAAGGCAGAUAAUAUCGCAACGGUUUGAAGAAAAAAUAGGAUUUCCCGGUGUUUUAGGUGCCCUCGACUGCACUUUACCUAAAAUUCAUAAGCCAGUGGAGCAUGAAGAAGCAUUUCUAAAUCAUCACCAGCAACAUUCUCUCAACAUAAGCGACACCGAUUACAACAUUCUCAGUAUGAGAAUAGUCAAUGGAUCUACGCAUGAUCAAUUCGUGUGGGAUUUCAGCGAGGUGAAAGAACAUAUGUACAGUCUAAGAGCAAAUCUAGAAAUCGUAGACAACGAGGGAAGAUAUUAUGUGAUUGGAGAUAGUGGCUAUACUGUAUCUCCGAUAUUGUUGACCCCUUUACUCAAUGCAGCACCAAAUACUCCAGAAAGGCGUUUUUCAGAUGCACUCCGAGGAGCUCGCUGUGUUGUGGAGCAAACUUUCGGAAUUAUUAAAGAAAUCUUCAGGUGUUUGAAUAAAGAUCGGUCUUUAGAUUACGAUCCUCUAUUUGCUUGUGAAAUUGUAAAAGCAUGCGGAGUACUUUAUAAUUUUCUAAGACACAACGGCAUACCAAUGCCAAUACCACCCCGGGAGAUAGAAGACGCAUAUAGAGGUGAGCAAGACCAAGUGAACCAUGAGUAUGUACUAGGUGUACAAGAAAGACAAGGCAUUAUCGAUGAUUACUUUUAUUAG